AUGAAUCCAUCACUGCCGCGUUCUGCUUCACCCCAGAAACUUAGCCCGAGCCUUGAGAACAGCACCAUUCAGAAACAGAGGCAAGAACUCCAGCUUUUAAUUGCAGAACUGAAAGAUCGUGAUAGGGAACUCAAUGACAUGGUUGCAGUGCAUCAGAGACAGCUUCUAGCCUGGGAAGAUGAUCGGCAAAAAAUACUGACUUUAGCAGAAAGAUGCAACUUAUUAAACAAUGAGCUGAACAAGAGAAAUGAAAUUAUAAAAUCACUGACCAAAAGGUUAAAGUUCUUAGAAUCUCAGCAGAAUGACAGUAAGACAACAUUUGAAAAUACACAACAGAAGUUUAAAGAGCUGUCUCAAAAAGUAACAGAUGCAACUAUUCACUGUCAGGCGCUGGAGGAGAAAAAUCAAAGUCUCCACUGCUCAGUUUUGGAACUGUCUGCUAAAACAGGCCAGCUGCAAGCAAGAGAACAGGAGCUUGUUACUAUGCUUAAGCUGAAGGACGAGGUUAUACUUGAAACAACUGAUCACAUUACUGAGUUUACAUCUAAAUUCAAGAAGCUGGAAAGUGCAUUGCGUGCAGCAAAGACGGAGGAAUUCAGUCUCAACAAGGAAAAGCAAGACCUCAGACUGAGACUGAAAGAACUAAUACUUGAAACAAAUAAGCUGAAAGAUGACCUCUGUGAAAAGGUGAAGGAAAAUAAUAAGCAGCAGGAGGAAAUCAUUCACCUCAGACAAGAAAAUGACUGCUUGAGGAAUAAGCUCGCACUUAUUGUUGAGAAAGCAAAGAGAAAGGAUCAACUUCUUCAGUUUGCCAAGUCUAAACAAGCGCGGACUGACACAGAACUAUCAAGCUUGCGACAGAUCUAUGUAAAACAGCAGCGUGACUUGCAGUUUCUCCAUGUCAGUUUGGAGAGCUCUCAGGAAUUAAGGCAAAAGCACGAAAAGGCAGCACAUGAAAAGAG